AUGCACGCGGGGCGGAUGCCGAGGCUAAUGCGGCUGCACAAGGAAGCGGGCAACAGCUCUGUGUUGGUGCGCUUCGUGGCGGACCCCCCUACCACCACGAUGCAGCGCCUGAAGGCGACCCUCACGGUAUCGAUACCCCAUACACCUGAGACCAUCGGAAAUGAGGCGGUCUUCCUACCUUCCUUGAUGUUGGCAAGAGCUUCUCGGCGUCUGCUGUUGUGGAGGACAACUUGA